CAGGCAGUAAUCGGGCAGCUAUCACGCCGUACGUUCAUAGACGUAAAUGUUAUCGUUUGCGGCGACCGAGGUCCUCAGACGAAAACACAGAUCCUGAAUGCUUUUGUAGUUAGGAAUCAGUAGUGUUAACAGCGAAUGGUAACGUUAUAAUGUAGCUCUAAAUAAACGGAACUGUACGUGUAGCUUUUGUUGCGUGGGAUAAUCAGUUUCGCCCACUCAUUGCUAUGACAUCGCCGGUUAAAUAAAAAAUUUGAGGACCCGCAGGCCAGUGACAGACAGACCCAGGCCUGCAGAAGUUGAGCAAACUCGUCUGGAUCUGCGCGAGUCGGGUAAAUAAGGAGUCCUUUCCCCAUGGAGCGGAUAAACCGGAGAUAAGGAAAGAGAAAAAUCUUAUUUUUACUCGACCGUUAGCAGCUUACCAGAGGCUCAUGGGAGACACAGACGUGGCGCUGCCCCCCGCCCGGAUGGAGGAGCUCCAGCUCAGCCCUUCCUCCUCCUUCUCCUCCACCUCCUCCUCCUCGGCCUUCGCCUGCACCUCCUCCUGCCCCUCCUCGCCCUCCUCCUCCUCCUCCACCUCCUCCUCGGUGCACCUGCACCCCCCGAGCAGUCCCUGCAGCAGCUCCAGCAGCCGGGCCAGCAGCCUGAGCGGGACGGAGGGCCCCCGGGGGCCCAGCCCGCCCCUGGGCGUCAUUUCGGAGGGCGAGGCGGAGCCGGGCCCCCUCAUCGACCCCGAGGUGGCCAAGGCCGCCUGCCGGGAGGUCCUGGAGAAGGUCAUGCUCCGGGAGGGGGAGGAGCCCACGCUGCCCAACGGCUCCGCCCACCACCACCACCACCACCACGAGGAGGGCGGGGUCGCGGGCGGGGCCGGGAUGCCGCCCCGCAUCCGGGAGGAGGACGAGGAGGAGGCGCCGGCGGGGGCGGGGGCGGGGCGGGGCGUCCGGCAGGAGCAGAGGGACUCCAGGGCCUCCAAGCAGUCGUGGCUCCUGCGCCUCUUCGAGUCCAAGCUCUUCGACGUCUCCAUGGCGAUCUCCUACCUGUACAAGUCCAAGGAGCCGGGCGUGCAGGCCUACAUCGGCAACCGGCUCUUCAGCUUCGCCGACGGGGACGUGGACUUCUACCUGCCGCAGCUGCUCAACAUGUACGUGCACAUGGACGAGGACGUGGGCGAUGCCAUCCGGCCCUACGUGGUGCAGCGCUGCCGGGGGGGCGUGGCCUUCUCGCUGCAGUGCGCCUGGCUGCUGGGGGCCUACUCGUCCGACAUGCACAUCUCCGCCCAGCGCCACUCCCGCGGCACCCGCCUGCGCCGCCUCAUCCUGUCCGAGGAGCUGCAGCCGGGCGCCCCGCCUGAGCCCGGCCCCGGCCUGUCCCCCUCCCGCCGCCCCACGCACCAGCGCUCCAAGUCGGACGCGGCCGUCGCCGCCAGCCCCGCCGGCGGGCUCAAGAGGACCGCCAGCAACCCCAAGGUGGAGAGCAGCCCGGACGAGGAGUCCAGCGACUGCAUCGAGAACCUCGAAUCGGAGUCAGAGAGUGGUGCACCCGUGCGCCUGGCGCCCCAGCGGGAGUUUGUGAAGUCCCUGAUGGGCAUUGGGAAGAGGCUGGCCACGCUGCCCACCAAGGAGCAGAAGACCCAGCGGCUCAUCUCCGAGCUCUCGCUGCUCAACCACAAGCUGCCCGGCCGCGUCUGGCUGCCCACCGCCGCCUUCCACCACCACGUGGUGCGCGUGCCGCACACGCAGGGCGUGGUGCUCAACUCCAAGGACAAGGCCCCGUACCUGAUCUACGUGGAGGUGCUGGAGUGCGAGAGCUUCGAGGCGUCCAGCGUUCCGGCGCGCAUCCCCGAGACGCGCAUCCGCUGCACGCGCUCGGCAGAGAACCUUCCGGACUGCGGCGUCACGCCCGAGCAGCGCGCCGCCAGCUUCUCCACCGUGCCCAACUACGACAACGACGACGAGGCCUGGUCCGUCGACGACAUCAGCGAGCUGCAGGUGGAGCUCCCGGAGAUCCACACCAGUAGCAGUGACAACAUCUCCCAGUUCUCUGUGGACAGCGUCACCAGCCAGGAGAGCAAGGAGCCGGUCUUCAUCGCCGCCGGCGACAUCAGGAGGCGUCUCUCUGAGAAUCUGGCUCAUACCCCCACCACGUUUCGGAGAGACCCGGAGGACCCCUCUGCCGUGGCUCUAAAGGAGCCCUGGGAGGAGAAGGUCCGGCGGAUAAGGGAGGGCUCUCCGUACGGCCACCUCCCAAACUGGCACCUGCUUUCCGUCAUCGUCAAGUGCGGGGACGACCUGCGGCAGGAGCUGCUGGCCUUCCAGGUGCUCAGCCAGCUGCAGUCGAUUUGGGAGCAGGAGCGGGUGCCGCUGUGGAUCAAGCCCUACAAGAUCCUGGUGCUGUCGUCGGACAGCGGGAUGAUCGAGCCGGUGGUGAACGCCGUGUCGCUGCACCAGGUGAAGAAGCAGAGCCAGCUGCCGCUGCUGGACUACUUCCUGCAGGAGCACGGCGGCCGCACCAGCGAGCAGUUCCUCAGCGCCCAGCGCGGCUUCGUCCAGAGCUGCGCCGGCUACUCGCUCAUCUGCUACCUGCUGCAGGUCAAGGACAGGCACAAUGGGAACAUCCUGCUGGACUCUGAAGGCCACAUCCUGCACAUCGACUUCGGCUUCAUCCUGUCCAGCUCGCCCCGGAACCUGGGUUUCGAGACGUCCGCCUUCAAGCUCACCAGCGAGUUUGUGGACGUAAUGGGCGGGCUGGAUGGGGACAUGUUUAACUACUAUAAGAUGUUGAUGCUGCAGGGCCUGAUUGCAGCACGGAAGCACAUGGAGAAGGUUGUGCAGAUCGUGGAGAUCAUGCAGCAAGGUUCCCACCUGCCCUGUUUCCAUGGCUCCAGCACAAUCCGGAACCUGAAGGAGCGCUUCCAUAUGAACCACACCGAGGAGCAGCUGCAGGUUCUGGUGGAUCAGAUGGUGGACGGGUCCAUGCGCUCCAUCACCACCAAGCUGUACGACGGCUACCAGUACAUCACCAACGGCAUCCUGUGAAAACACACACACACACACACACACACACACGUGCCACCAACGGCAUCCUGUGAAAACACACACACACACACGUGCCACCAACGGCAUCCUGUGAAAACACACACAUGCACACACGCACGCACACACACACACGCAACUGUACCAACUCCAGACAUAACAAGACUGCAAGAGGCCACGCCUCCUCACUUCACCGCCUGUCACUGUGUGUGAAGCCCCUCCCACUCUGAGUGAUGUAAUUAGGCCCCGUCCCUCUCAGGGGUGCCCUGGAUCCAUGGACCCUCAUGACCGUUUUGCUCUGCCCAGCCUGCUGCUCGUCGUAUGGGAGAUUAUAAAGGAGCUCAUUGGCUGAGCUGUCCUGCCUGUAUGUGACACAGAGCGCCUCUCGAACCCGCUCCACCCGCCACUGCAUCUCUGUUCUUCCAUCAUGAGCCACUAUGUGAACUAUCCCUUCGUUUUCGUUGUUUGUGCACUCGUUUACCUCAUUUAUGCCCGCCCCUCUGCCCACACACUGCAGCUUCUCAGGGGGCGGGGCCACUGUGAGCCCCGCCCACCAGGAAGGCAAAGAGACGAAUCAGUGCUGCUGUUGCUGAUGCAGGUUCCCCUAAAGUCACCCGAAACCCCGGACAAGGGCUCGGAAGUGGAACAGUGACCCUGGAGCAGGGAACAGAAGACGCUACGUCAACACUAAUAUCUCCCUGUUAAGACCGCACGUGUCACCCACUCCCCCGAAAGGCAGGUGUGCCUAAAUGAAGUACACUUUUUAGUUUAAGUAGCAAAGGUUUUUAAAUUCCAUCUUCCUACUAUAACAGUGUUUUUACAGCUUUCUGCGAUGCGAACGGUCAACCGCAGAAUGAAGUCUUUAUGUAUGAAGCAAUGAAGCAGGCCCACUGGUAGCGUUCUCAUAGUAAAGGUAAUGUUUUGUUUUUUAAAGUGUACAGCUGCACCUGUUUGGUGUGAAUGUGUGCACUUUAGCUACAGUCGCGAAGGCGGUCUGUUGUGUGGCUUUACCUCUCUGGCCUUGUUAGCAUGAAGCCUUGUUAGCGUGUAGCUGCUGCCGCUACCGUAGCUUUUACCUGCACUGGCUUCUCACCUCCGACCCUUCACCCCAGAGGGUGGUUAGUUGUGCCACACAGAUUUUCUAGGAUAAGCAGAUGGUUCCCCCCCCCCCCGCAUUCUGAUCUCCUGCUCUCUUGACCUCUGGAGGUUCCAGCUGGGAACAGAAGCUUGCCAGGUUUCCCUUCCUCCACUGCAGCUGCGUCGCCCCCUCCCCCCUUCUGAGGGCGCGUCAAAUUGGGAAUUGGAAGCAGAAAACUGAACUUCAGAGGCUAAGAAUGAGGAAACGACCAUCUGGCGGGGUCUGGGAUAUCUGUGGUUGUACUCUGUUGCGCUGGGCUGAAAGUUUAGAAGAUACACACACUUGUGUAGGAGGUGCGGACAGGAGAGUAACUCCUGGAUAACUGGUCACCCGUUCACACUACACUUGCCAUAGGCCAUAGGCUCGACCAGUGGAGACCAGGGUACACAGGUUUUCAUUCCAGCCAGGCACUUCUCCGGCUGAUUAGCGAGAGUUCACUAACUGCCCCUGCUGAACGAGCUAGAGCCUCUCUCCUCUGUCUGAAGGUGUGUUCAUCAGUGAAGUCCGCAGGCGCAGCGAUUGGUCGGAGUGAAGACCUGCAUACCCUUGGCCCUCCAUGGCGCGUGAUUGGGCGUCUGCUGCAGUGGGAAAUGGUUGCAGACAAUCCCUUCUGAUAAUCAAACGAAAUUGGGGAGGGGACUCAUAACACUUGUAACUUUUAAUGAAAAAAAAACAAUACUAAGCCCCUCGGCCUUUUCCCAAUAGUACAUGUUUUUUGUGUGUGACGGAGGGGUACGAAAGCACAUGGAGAAACGCGUCCGUCAUUUCAAGCAGAAGGUGCUCCUCGGGAAGGGCGGGGCCGAGGAGGGGCGGAGCAGUCUCCCGCACGCCUCCUGGACUGAACGUUUACGGCGACCGCUGCGGUGGCGUCGCGGCGGAGAACGGCGCGCUUUCAGAUCGGCGCCUGACUGAUGAGGUCACGCGUGGAGUUUGAGCAAGCCGAAAGCCUUUAGAACUCCCCUCCCUCUGAGACGCGGACGAACGGCGACCCGCGCAGCCAGUGGAAGUGGGACCGCGGGACGUCGACGUCGACUUUUGAAGCCACUAAAAUGAGGACUGUUAAUGAAGUUAUGUCAAGCGCAGGAUGAUUAAAAAAUAAAAAUAAAAACAUUGUGGAGACUCACAGUAACUGCCUGAGAAAAAUUUUCCGAAGUUCCCUAAUACUUGAAAAAAAUAGGUUAUGUAGCUGUGGUUUUUAGAAUAUAAAAAAAAGGAGACAGGCCAGAGAGCAACGACUAUAACAAGCAAAACAAAACAACGUCUGGCCCUGACAUUUGGAUGCAUCCUUUCUCCCGCUUUUCUUUGAGACGUGGGACUCGCGUGCAUCUGUCCCCGUCGUUUUAUUCGGCGUUCGGAGGAUGGGGAAGGACGACUGUCCGCGCAAACCUUUUUUUCAACCCGCCUUCUCCGCGCACUGGACGGAGCUCGCACGGGACCGGCGUCUCUUCUUGUCGCUUGAAUGGAACUGCCCCGCGUCGCUCGUCCGGACUCUUCCUGUGGACGCUUUGCUCCGCCUCGCCAUUCCAAGCACAACCCCCGUCUCUACGAAGUUCGAACCGGGACGGCCGUCAUCGGCGCGGUCGUCCUGUGGCCGUCUGAAAGCCUCGGCCAGCGAGCCGCUUCUGCGGUUUCCUUUCUUUUUAAACGGCCUUUGUACGCCCUGGGAACGGGGUUUAUUGUUUUACGUAAUUCAGAAUCACUACGCCUGAGAACGUUUUUCUCCAUGAAGUGUCCACUCGCACUUGAAUUUCAGAGGUUUGUUUUUUUUUUUUUUUUUUUUUAAACUGUUGCCGCUGUGCUUCCUUGAAAACGGACUCAAGUUUAAAUUUUAAGUCCAAAAAGAAAAAAGAAAAAAAGCCCCCGUAUUUAAAGUGUCAUGGUUGAUACGGUCUUUCACAUUUCUCUUAUGUUCUGAAUGUGUAACAUCUGGAAAGCUUGUUUUAAUUUGUAACACUUUGAACCGGGCCCUUGUUUCUAGCCUUGUUUUUGUUUCGUCUGUUUAAAAUGGCGGGUGUGUUUGGCGGUUUUAUUGCGACGGUUGAAGGAGGAGGCUGAAGUGUGUUUACAGGCCCUGUUACCCUUGCACUCCCGCCUGAGAAACUCAAAGGUGUUUGACAUAUCGUGUGUUAUCUGUGACUUGCUGACUGGGAGCCAAUCGCAGAGGUCUGCUGUGGAGAGCAGUCUUUUGAUUGGUCCUUACAAGUCAGUGACUGACUGCACACUGUAGCUCCACCCAUUUUAGGGUUCAUGGAACAUGAAGGCCGUGAUCCGAAUCGGCGCACUUGCUUACUAUUGAGUGUAGAAGUUGCACACAAGUUAUAUUCAUCUUGCGUACUCAGUAGUAGGCAAGUGUGCUGAUUCGGACACAGCUCCACAGCCGAAGACUUGCAUCAGGAAGUGAGGGAAGAGGAGGUUGUAAGGAGAAACAGUGGCCAGACCACGUCUGGUCAAGAGGACCAUGUUGAUGAGAUGGUUAAGGACCUAGAACAGGUCCUUAACCAUCUCUCCUUAACCUAGAAGGUUUUUUAAAAAUGAUUAUUGUUAAACAGCUUAGUAUUUUAAGAUCCUUUUCCGAUUACCUUCAGGGUAAAAAAACAUGGAAUGCAAACAGUGAACAGAUUUAUUUCUUUUUUCUGUUCAUUCCUGGAGUGCUUAAAGCAUGGUUGGUUCCGAUUGGCUCAGAAAGCCAUUGGGCACCUAUGGACCAAUCAAAUGAUUUGAUUUAUUUAACUGAAAAAAAGCUCCCUCACUUACCUCAAGGGCAAAUACUGUUAAUAAUGUCAGAACGCCCUUUUUUCUUUUUUUUAAAUCCUGCAUACUUUUAUUUGUUUUUGUUUUUGUUUUUAAAUAUCAGAUCACUAUCUCUUUUUUUAACUGCUAUGUGAAGGACCAGCUCCCACUCUCCUGUCGGAUGAGUUCUCUCUACUUGUGAAUGUUUCCUUUGUAUAAAUAAAUUUAACUUUACUCGUC